AUGCACGGGAACGAAGCAGGUUUUUCCAAUCGGGCACAGAUCAACGAAAGCUACCUACAACCGCGGAAACGUGAACCGGUAGAGUCGGUAUUCAGGACUGAGCACGUUCAGCGUUUGAGAAACGUCGAGAAGUGGAAUUCUAAAUGUGUGGAUGAAGCGGGGGAUUUUGAACAACAAGCCUCCCAUUUUGAGUAUGAGUUCUCGAAGGCGCUACAGUCCACCGACCAUCUUGGUGUCCCUAAUCUGCUGCGUACCGCAAUUUGCUUCGAUGUGCUAACAAAAAUCAGCAGUAAAUUCCCAAGAUUCCAGAACCUCACCCGUGUGACGCGGGCCGAGUUGGGACGAUCUGCUUUUAUGAAUGACUCGUCCCAGAUGUCAGCGGUGACAAGCUACCCCAUUGACAACGGAAAUACUGGAGGUUUUGCCGCUGAGGUAUUGAAGGAAUCGCUUGCCCGACGAGCGUACUUUACGGAGUUGAAGGAAGUACUGUUAGAGAAGAGAUCACUGGAGCUUCGCUUAUCUCGCCUCGAUUCCCUUCAUCAAUUCAUGCUGAAGAGGUUACGCAACAAUGAACUCAUGGUUGAUCGUCUUGCGAGUCGGUGGGGUCGGCUGGUGAUGCGCCAGACGCUUGCAGAUUGGAAAAAGAUCAUCAUCCGUAAGAAGUAUACGCGUGUUUUACUCGACAAAACUCGCUCGCGCUGGACGAAGCAGCAUCUCAUGCGACUAUUCCGUCGAUGGAACGACUACGCGGUCGCUGAAAAAGCGCGUAAAUCUAACGAGCAGAUCCAGCUUUACCGCGACAGUAAACAUGAUUUCCAAGAACUCAUCGGACGAUUACAAGCCCAGGUUGAAGGUGCCAAAGUGGAGACGAAGGCUCACCGGGAGCAUCUCGACUUGGCUAAGCGACAUACACUAUCACUGGAAGAGCUUCUAGCCCAACUUGAAUUACGAAUUCGACAAAGUCAAGAGAGAAAACUGCAGAGCAUUUCAAACCAAUGGGGCAAGUUAUGCUUUGCCUUCGUCGAUUGUGAAUGCGACUACCUACAGAACAUGCUGGACGCUGUAUCGGCAGAAGAAUACGUUGAUGUCAGUGUAUUACUGAUGAAAGGUGAGGAUGACUCCGAUCUCCUUGCUCUUUCUUCAGAGUUAUUGGUACUUCGAUGGAUCAACUUUCAACUGGAGCAGUGUGGGGGACCAUUUCAUCACUUGUUUUCGUCCAAUUCUGACUUGGUCCAGAACUUUUCAUCCGAUAUGCAUGGCUACUAUGCACUACGCCAUAUUUUACAUCGCGUGUUGACAGUGAAGAGACGACGCCAGCCUGCAAAACAAACUAGAAUGAAGAGCACGUUCUCUCUCUUGUCUCGUGUUGUAGUUGAUAACAUGUCCACAAAACAAACACCGUUUCCUACUCGGGAGGAGCUCCGAACUGUAUUAGCAAGACAGCUGGAUCCAGCGUGUCCGGAAUUCGUGUGUGAUCACGUCCUCAGCAACGAAUUGGCAAGUGAUUUUAUAUUUUGCUUGUUUGGAUUCUUGGUAUGUGAACAUCCAAGUCUCGUCACUCAGACUGCAGCUGGACACUCAACUAGUUCAGCGAGUCCAUAUCCGUGGUACGAAGCCCAAAUUGCUCUGAACGACGCGCGAUCAGUCUGGGACUCUGUUAGAGUUCAAUGGAGAGAGCUUCACACUCCAUUUGACGUCCUGGAGGCUGCCAGUGCACCACCAGAAAUGUCCACGUCUCCACAAUUACUGGCAAAGGCAAACAUCGCUCUACAGAAUGCUGUCAACACAGUACAAUAUGCGUGCUCGAAACGUAGUAGUGUUAUGAGAGUUUGGGGUUGUUUACAGCGACGGAUUCAACAAGAUGCACUUCGACUGCUUGCGCGCAGAGGACGAGAACAGACUCCAUUCCAACUGGUUGACCGACGUGUUUGGCGCAACAAGUAUAUGCUGACUACGCUCCAUAUCUCCAAGCUAGUGCAAAUGUUUCUGGAUCAAAGUGAUAACAAGCGGAGUAGCGAAGAGCUAACGGAGGAGUUACAGCUCAUCCAAGAAAUUCUUGGAGAGCAUUAUGAACGUUUGCUCCAGAUAUACCGCUUUUACGCCAACGUCGACUUCAGUCGUACUUCAUGUGCGGAUUCUGAAGAAAAUCAGCCACGCAGUGGAGGAAAUGCAGUCGAUGAAGCGCGCUUCUUCCACAAAAUCUCCGCCAGUAUGUCUUUGGGAGAGUUUUAUUUUUUUCUCAAAGAAUGUCAAGUUUUUGGCAAGACUCGAUCAUUCCCAUACGACUUUGUCCAGAGCGUAUUUGAAAAAGUGAGUCCUGACGUUGCAGCCUCGACGGAUACUGCCGGCUUAACUCUGCCACUUACACACACUCUAUCCGCACCUAUAAAAGAUCUCAGUAGUGUGAAAGGGAGGGAGAUGACAUCUGCAGAGUUCGUCGAGGCUCUGACUCAUAUCAUUUGGAGUGAUCGUGUGCAUUGGAAAGGAGAAAAUGUUGGACCAACUACAGCUCUAUCGCUACGCUUCCGAAGAUUUCUCGAAGAAAUUGUCUUCCCAAACGCAAUGCGCCCGGACGAAGAGAAAACCAAUGUGUUUCGACCUCAGCUUCUCACGUUUGAGUGUCGAGAAGUCUUCACUACGCAUCACAAAAAGAUUCGCUCAAUGUAUUUGCACUUUGUUGCGAGUGAAGUGAAAACCGAGAGACGCUUUGCUAAUCAGGACAGUGCGGGGUUGCGAGGAUCCUCGAAGAUGCUGUCAGCCAACGGAUUUGUCAACUGCUGCCAGUACUUCGACCUCUUCCGUGACAAUCUGCUGCAUUUUGACGACAUUCAGCACAUCUUAGCAGAAACGCUGCAGCUUGAGCGUGAAAGCGUUCAUUUUGACUUGGCUGGCGCAACUACUGAUUCCGAAACAAGACCCGCCGAGCCAGAGCACAAAGCGAAGAUCGACCAUCCUGAAGGGAAUGUGUUACUGACGCUGACUGAAUUUCUUGAGGCUCUUGCUGCGGUUGCGUGUUAUUUGAAUCCCGACGCAUUUGUGCCACUUGCUUUAAAACUUGACGCAUUCUUCAGUGAACGUCUCGAAUCAAGCGCUAUCACAUCUUCUGGAUUGUAA